AAGCUGAAAAAAAAUAUAGAAUUAUUGAGAGAAGAAUGUUCAAAAUCAGAAGAAGACAUUUUGAACAAACGUUUUGCCCAUCUAUCUGAAAAUGAACAGAAUACUGGCCGAGCUAUACUUUCAGCUUCAAAAGUAAAAAAUUCUAGAGGAAGAAGGUACCAACUGCAGUGGAUUUAUAAAUGCAUCGUUCAUCGCAUUUAGAGUAAAAAAAAAAUUUUACCUUUAUCGUCUCUCCAAACUUUAGACAGAUAUACGAAGUUCAUGAAAAGUCAAUAUGGCUUUCAAAGUAAUGUUUUUUCUGGAAUUAAAGAAAAAACAAAACACAUGAAAUCUGAUGAACUUCACGGAUGUUUGUUAAUUGAUGAAAUGCAAUUAACAAAAUCUAUUCAUUUCAAUAGAACAUCAUUAAAAAUGGAGGGAUUUACGAAUCUGGGUGAUCAUACUCCAGAGCAUCAAAAAGGUGAAGCUGGAGAUCACGCUCUGGUCAUAAUGUUUCAGCCAUUUAAAGGAAAAUGGAUUCAAACAUUGGGGUGCUUUUUAAGCAAGAGAAGUGCGACGGGAACUGUCCUUCAUAAAAUAAUUGUUGAAGCAAUUAUUUUAAAUAUGAAAAUGCAGGACUUUACAUUGAUGUGGUUACGACAGAUAAAGCGACCUGGAACCGUAAUAUGUGGAAGCAGUUUGGAAUAACUGCUGAAAAUAUAAGUGUACAACAUAUUUG